AUGGCCACCCCUAGUGUCCUAGCCUUUGACGCCGAGGGUCGAGCCAUUGAUUUUGAGGUCUGGCUAGACGACCUGCAGCUUUUCUUACAGUGCGACAGAGCUGACAGCCUUUCUCUCUUUGACCUCACCUCUGGCGCCUCUCCUGCUCCUGCUGCCGAUGCUGAUCCCACUGUCCGCUCUCAGUGGGCCACCCGCGAUGCUGCUGCACGUCUUGCUGUGCGUCGCCACCUCCCUACCUCUGAGCGUGCGCACUUUAGUCAGUACAAGAGUGCUCAGACCUUGUACGACGCUGUAGUUGCGCGCUACUCCUCCCCUGCCACUGCUGCACUGAGCCGUCUCAUGCUUCCCUACCUCUUUCCUGACCUCUCUGUCUUUCCCACUGUCACUGACCUCAUUACGCACCUCCGCACUAGUGACACUCGCUACCGCGCCGCCCUUCCUGCUGAGUUCUGCGCUAAGAACCCCCCCCCCAUGUACAUCACUCUCUACUACGUAGUCGCGCGCCUCCCUGACUCCCUCCGCGUAGUCAGGGACCACUUUCUCGCAGUCUGUCCCACCACUCUCACCGUCGACCUCCUCGAGAAGGCCCUCCUCGCAGCGGAGAAGAGCAUAGUCGCUGUAGGUGCCUCUCGUGGUGACCCUCGCACCCCCAUCUUUGAGGGGUGCUCUCCUUCCCCUUUGCUGCCCUCUGUUGCCUCUGCUGCUGCGGCCGACCUGCUUGGUCUUGAGUCGGUCGGCGCGGCGUCUGCCCCUAGUGGGAGACGUCGCUCUAGCAAGGGCAAGGGCGGCAAGGGCGCGGGCGGAGCUGGAGGGGGCGGUGGCGGUGGCGGCGGAGGCGGCGGAGGGAGUGGGGGUGGAGGCGGGAGUAGUGGUGGUGGUGGUGGUGGUGGUGGCGGCAGCGGCGGAGACGGUAGUGGUAGUGCCAGCGGUGGUGGUGGAGGCAGCAGCGGGAGCGGAGGCGGUGGAGGUGGAGGCAGUGGAGGCGGCGGCGGAGGAGGCGGUGGUGGUGGAGGAGGUGGAGCUGGUCGUGGUGGUACCCAGCAGCGGAGCGGCGGUGGUGGUGCCCAGCGCUCGCAGCGGCAGCAGCAGCAGCGUUCGCGGGACAUCCCUCCGCCUCAGCAGCUUCGUGAGUGGUACGCUGCGCGUCAGAGGGGUGGGGGUACUGGUCCCUGCGCCUACGUUCUUCGUUCCGGCGACCGCGCGGGUGAGCAGUGUGGGUGUGCCCACUCCACCCAGCGCUGCUUUGGCCGCCUCACGGACGCUUGGCGUCAGCAGUUCCCCGGGGCUAGUGAGAUCCCUCGCUGGGAUGAGCUCCUUAGGGCUGGUGUAGCGAUCUUUGAUCUUGAUUUUGAUGCUAUCCUUUCUGCUAUGUAUGCUGUGACUUAUAGUGAGGAGAAUGAGGGUUACCGGUGUUUCCAGCCCGACCCGGGCAUUGGUACUGCUGCGCUAGGUACUUGUGAGGCUGCUGCUCUAGGUGCCUGUGCGUCUGCGCUCUCAGGUACUAGUGAGACUGCGCUCUCAGGUGCUGGUGAGACUGCGCUCUCAGGUACUGCGUCGCCCUCGUCCUCCCUCACUUUCACACUUGACUCUGGGGCUUCUCGCUCCUUCUUUCGAGACCGCACUACCCUUACGCCUCUUGGCCGGCCGGUUGCGGUCUCCCUUGCUGACCCCUCUGGGGGUCCUGUCCUGUCUCACUUCUCCACUGUCCUCCCGUGUCCGGCUGCCCCUUCGGGCACCCUGUCUGGUCUGUACCUUCCCUCGUUCUCUACGAACUUGGUGAGUGGUGCGGACCUACAGGAUGCGGGGGUUCACCAGUUCACUCCUGCGAGGCGACGGGUGACCCACUGCACGGACGCAGACACAGGCCGACACCUGGCCACGUUCUCGCGUCGGCCGGGGUCGAGUCUCUACACCCUGACCACUUCGUCUCCUCCUGUCCCUGCGUCUGGUCGAGUAGCUGCGUCAGGUCAGGUGUUUGCUGCUGCUUCCCGGUCAGGUCCUGAGUCUGCCCCCUGUUCUUGUCGCCUCCUGUCUCACGAGACUCUCCUGUGGCACCACUGUCUUGGUCACCCCUCCUUGCCCCGUCUUCGGAGCAUGGCUUCCCGUGUCCUUGUCUCUGGUCUUCCCCAGUCUCUCCCUCCUCUCCCCUCCGGGCCAGGACCUUCCUGUGUCCCCUGUGUCGAGGGUCGCCUCCGGGCUGCUCCUCACUCCUCCCACUUCCCCCCGACAGAGGCUCCCCUGCAGACGCUUCACAUGGAUGUGUGGGGCCCAGCCCCCGUCCGUGGGCAGGGUUACGAGCGCUACUUCCUAGGCGGAGAGUUCUCUUCUCGCCUUCUGCGAGACUACUGUCGUGCACGGGGGAUCCGCCAGACCUUCACGCUUCCGGACUCCCCUCAGCAAAAUGGGAUUGCUGAGCGCCGCAUUGGCAUGGUCAUGGAUGUCGCUCGUACGUCCAUGAUGCAUGCGGCUGCCCCCCAUUUUCUGUGGCCGUUUGCUGUGAGGUACGCGGCGCAUCAGCUCAACCUUCACCCCCGGGUCUCUCGGCCUGCGAUGUCCCCAGUCUUGCUGUGGACAGGGAAGGUUGGCGAUGCGUCUGUGUUCCGUGUCUGGGGAUCUCGGGCGUUUGUCCGCGACUUGUCUGCAGACAAGCUGUCCCCCCGUGCUGCUCCCUGUGUCUUCCUUGGCUUCCCCACUGACGCCCCAGGGUGGCAGUUUUACCACCCCUCCUCUCGUCGUGUUCUGUCCUCCCAGGACGUCACGUUCGACGAGUCAGUCCCCUUCUACCGUCUCUUCCCCUACCGCACUCCUUCCCUCCCCCCUCCCCCGGACUUCCUUGUGCCGGUUCCCCCCCCGGUCGACCCCCUCCCCCCUCAGGUUCCUGCCCCCUCAGGUGUGUCCCAGGUAGACGCCGUUGACCCGGUCGAGGUUACUGGUGACUCUGGUGCUGCUGCGGGUGCUGAGCCUGGGGGUACUGACUCUGGGGGUGCUGACCCUGAGGGUGCGGGGCCUGGGGGUGCUACUGCUGGGGGUGCUGGGCCUGGGGGUGCUACUGCGGUGGGUGCGGAGCCUGGGGGUACUGGGCCGGGGGGUGCUGAGCUGGGAGCUGCUGCGCCUGGGGGUUCUGAGCUGGGAGCUGCUGAGCCUGGGGGUGCUGCGUCUGGAGCUGCUGAGCCUGGGGUUUCUCCUGCUGCUGCGUCUCGCCGGGAACCCCUCUCUCCACAGGAGCUGCGCGAGUGGUUCGCUCGCCGCUGGAGGCGUGCUGCUGAGUCUGGAGGUGCUGCUGGAGCUGGAGCUGGAGCUUCUUCGACCGUCGAGGGUGCGGGUGCAGCCGGUCCCGGAGCUGCUGGCCCUGCAGGUCCUCCUGGAGCUGGAGCUGCUGAGGGCGUUCGUGCUGAGCCUGCUGCUGUUGGUCCUGCCGCUGGAGGUGUGGGUGGCGCUGGUGCUGUCGCUGAGGGUGCUGGUGGUGUCCCUGCUGAGUCUGGAGCUGCCGCGCGGCCUCGGCCGUACUUCGUUCCGCUCCUGCAGCAGGUUCUUGGUCUUUCUCCUCUAGUAGAGGGUCCACCGCCUGUCCAGUCGCAGUCCCUGCUGGAGCCUUCCUCUCCACUGCCUGCUCCCUCUCCUUACACUGGUCCUACUGGAGGUCUUGCUGAGCGUCGUGAGCCUGCGUCUCGUCCCGCGUCGCCUGUUCGUGCUGCUCGCGCUAGUGGUCGCAGUUCGCGUCAGCGUCCUCCUCCUGUCCCUGGCACGCACCGGAUGUCUUUACGUCCGUCCACUGCUCCUCUGCGUGCCCCUUUGCCUUCUCCUCCUGAGUCCUCUCUUCCUGCGCUUGCGGACCCUGAGUCGGACUCUCUUCGUGCUGCCAGUCCCACUGUCACGCGUCUGCUUGCUACUGUCGUCACUGACCCCUCUUUUGAGUCCACUGCUGCGUCUGCUCUAGUCACUGAGCUCGUCGACUUUGCUGCUCGCUGUCGUCUCGACUACGCUGCUAGUCUUGUUGCUGAGUCUGCGUCUGUCUGUCCUCCGUCCGUCGGGGGUGAGUGUGCUCUUGGCACAGACGUCCUAGAGGACAGGCAGGAGGAGUUACAGUGUCUAGCGGCUGCUUCACCUCAUCUCGCGUCUGUACUGCUUGCCCCUGAGGGAGACCCGGAUGCACUAGACAUCCCGACUCCGCGUUCUUACGCGGAGGCCGUAGAGGGUCCCUACUCCUCUCAGUGGCAGGCAGCUAUGGAUGCAGAGAUGGCUUCCUGGAAGUCCACAGGCACCUACGUUGACGCGGUUCCCCCUCCUGGGGCGAACAUCGUCAGUGGCAUGUGGAUCUUCAGGGUGAAGCGGCCGCCGGGCUCUCCACCUGUCUUCAAGGCACGGUACGUUGCUCGUGGCUUCAGUCAGCGGCAGGGAGUUGACUACUUUCAGACCUUCUCUCCCACCCCGAAGAUGACUACUCUUCGGGUGCUGCUGCACAUAGCCGCUCAGCGCGACUACGAGCUUCACUCUCUCGACUUCAGCACUGCGUUCUUGCAGGGUAGCCUGCACGAGGAGAUCUGGCUUCGCCGUCCACCUGGCUUCACUGGGACUUUCCCUCCUGGCACCCAGUGGAGCCUCCGACGGCCAGUCUACGGUCUCCGCCAGGCACCGCGUGAGUGGCACGACACACUGAGGACUACGCUUGCGGCUCUUGGGUUUGCUCCUUCUACUGCUGACCCGUCGCUGUUUCUUCGCACCGACACUUCCCUGCCGCCGUUCUACAUCCUCGUGUACGUCGACGACCUGGUCUUUGCUACAGCGGACACUGCUGGACUCGCCUACGUGAAGUCCGAGCUGUUGAAGAGACACACGUUCACAGACCUGGGUGAACUGCGCAGCUACCUUGGCUUGCAGAUCACUCGGGACAGAGCACGCCGCACCAUUACCUUGACUCAGUCACACAUGGUGCAGCAGGUCCUUCAGCGCUUCGGCUUCACGUACUCCUCGCCUCAGGCCACUCCUCUGCCUACUCGCCACUCACUCUCAGCUCUGCCUUCGGAUGAGUCCGUAGAGUCGAGUGGUCCGUAUGCGGAGCUUACCGGAGCACAUGGCUGCAGCGAAGAGGGUAUUGCGCUACCUGUGCAGUACGUCAGGCAUGGGGCUAGUGCUUGGAGGGCGGAGUCCAGUGGUCCUUACCGGCCACGCGGACGCUUCUUGGGCUGA